CGGAAGUGAAAUAUCGGCCUGACUCCUCGGGACGCGCUUCUGCCCUUCUUUCUCUUUCUUCCUCCAUCUGAACUCUGUCAGUGCAAUUGCCCAACUGGUAUCAGCCUGUUUUGGUGCAACUCCCCUGAGGCAUUACCUCAACAGAGAACAGAGAGAGCUUCGCUUCGAAGACCUGGUGUUCCUGCCUCGACUCAGCCUAGCAACCUCACCGUUCACAGACUCGACCAUAUUCGAGCUGCGAAUCGAGCUGGGCCCAAUUGCUUCCUUCAAGUCAGGCAAUCGUGCUUUGUAAGCAGGAUCACUUCAACCUGAAUCACCCAAGAGCCGCCAUACCCUGCACAGCAGCUUUGCUUGAGCCAAGACUGGUGAAGUCUUGUGACAUCUUCGCCAUUUCCGACACCUAUUCACUUUUGGCUCCGUGCUCUACCCCUGACGGAACAUUGCCGAUGGCUGCCGAAAUGGCCCGACACGGCUCCGUCAGUGCCUUUAGCGGGUUCUCCGUGUGCCAGCCGGCACUCGGAGCUGCCCUGCAGUGGCUCCCCGCUAUUGGCACCCCCGAACUCGACAGCAUGAUCAACGCUUUCCUCCCCGGCCCAGCUUCAAUCCAGGACAAGCGGGCACACAUCGCGAUGGACUUCUUCGAGUACUCCCGCCAGACAGGAGAGAAUCUCAAGUUUUACCCCGUUCCCUCUGCAGCUUCUUUCACCCCGGUCACUGCGUCUCCGGCCACCUCCCUCUACGACUCGGGCUACGCAUCGAGCUUCAACCACUCUCCAGUCCUGUCUGACCACGGCUCGUGGACUCAAUCCCCUGCUCCGCUUGCGCCGGUGGCAUCGGAUGCCAGGACAAAGUCCCGCUCUUCUGGGGCGAAGAAGUCGAGCGCUUCUACGGUGGACUUCUCGAACCAUCCCGGCAUGCGCAUCCUGACCAAAGACGGGCGGGACAUCACUAACUCGGCUUCCCGCGGCUGCAAGACCAAGGAGCAGCGAGACCACGCCCACCUCAUGCGGAUCAUCAAGGCCUGCGACUCGUGCCGCAAGAAGAAGGUUCGCUGCGACCCUAGCCACAGGAAGCGCAAUGCCUCGCAAGCCUCGACUUUGGGAGGCGAGCAGAAGCCGGCCAAGAAGCCGAAGAAGGUAGAAGAAUCACCUCCAAUAACAGCGGCUGAUCCCACCGCCGAAUUGCUUGCGGCACAUGCCUUCGACACCUCUGAGCCCACGCUCUCGUUCGCAGCGAUCGAUGCUGGCUUUUCCCAAGAAUUCGACGACUUCUGGAAUGACAUUGUCACAUUCGAGGAGCAGCAAGUCACAGUUGCUGCUGAGCCCAGCUUUGACGACUUCGUUUUCGACUCUUUCACCGACCCACAGAACUUCUCGCCAAGCUCUGGUUCUUCCUCCACUUCGCCGUCGCAAAUCUUCACCCCCUUCACGCCAGCACGUUCCGGCGCAUCUCCCAACGUCGUCUCCGACUCUGUGUUUGAUGUUGCAGGCGAAUUCUCCAUUGAUGAUCCGACCGUUCCAUAUCUCAAUCCGGGUGUUGCCCAUGGCACCAACUACGUCGACUUCAAUCUCUAUUCGCCGGGCCCUGAAGUCUUUGACGAGGACCCUGUUCUCCAACUACGGGAUCUCGCAAGCCGACAGCAAUCUCCACAAUCGGAAGCCUUUGCCUUGGAGUUUAGCGUUCACAAUUCACCACACACCACCACGACGGGCAUCGCCGAGAAUGUGUCCAUCUCUCCGGUGACAUCCACAGGCGAACACUCUGGCGGCGCUGGCUCGAUCGUUACUGCAUCACCUGGCGACGUUGCUUGGUACUACGAUACAGGAUCGAGCCUUGAUGGCCUCCAGCGCGACAACCGUCGGUCGCCAACCAAGAGGCGACAGAAGACCAAUCACAACAGGUCUGUCGGAGAGGAGGGCGGUGCCCGUCACUCGCCUACUGAUGGGCAACCGACUAGCCACCUCGGAUUACACGACGGUCAUGACGCGGGCAUCGCAGGACUAAUCCACUCUUCGUCAGCCGCUCUCUGCGGAUCUCCUUGCAGAGCCGUUGCCAGCACUGUGUUUGCCAGCAUGUCGCAGUCGUCAGUUAGUCCGAGCCCGUUGCCUCGACCCAGGAGGAUAGACACCGCGCCCGCUCCCGGAUCACCCUCAUCACUCGGCGGUUCAGCUGUCUCGACCAAGACCACCCAGCCUGACGUCAUUUCUUCGCCCGCGGAAUACUCGCUGCCUGCCGUUACGGCAUCGUCAGCGGCCCGCCAUCGGUCACACAAGGCCGUUGGCGAGAAGGUGGCUGCGGUCGUUGCACCGUAUGACCAGAACUGUGUGAACAGCACUGUGUCAAGACAGCUUCCGACCGGCUGCGGGUCCGGGUCGUCUUACCUCCAUGACAGGCAGCAUGUUGUCCAUCAAGACAGCGUUGCUGCAGUCAAUGCGGUUUUGGCGACCAUACCGUUCUCAACCCUGCCGACGCGGCGUAACGUUGCUGGGGACGAUGUGAAGAUCAACUUCAACACAUUGUGCUUCCAGCUUGCCGUGUUCGGUCUUGUCUCGCUCCUCUGUGCUUGUGCUGCCCUGCAGGCACACCUGGCAAGUCAAGCCACACUCGUCAACAUCAUUGGCAUCACAUUCAUAUCUCUGGCCCGGUUCGCACCUCGGUGCUCCGGGCCGUCGAGCGCGACACAGGUCGCCUCGGAAACCUUGCUAUCACCGACGUCGUCUGGAAUGAUUGACAAUGUCAAGUCGAAAAUACAGGCCGUUGUCACCGAGAGCUCGAGGCAGCUUCGGUGUGCGGCGUCCGACCGGGCGAGGAACAUUGUUCCAAGCUUUGCGCCGGUGCGAGGCCUGAGGUUUUAACACCUCGGUUGCUUUAGCAAGUGUUAUGAUUUGUUUGUGAUGUUCCUACCGUUAGCGAGUGCAUUUUGGCUAUGAUACCCCGGGUCGGAUUUUGAGACAUGUGGUCGUCCUCUUCUCUUCCUCAACGUGUAUGUUAUCUUCGGGCUGGCUCUGGCGGCCAGCAUGGGAGCAUGGUCUGUGAUGAUGGAAUGGGGGAGGACGAAGCUUUUGAUGGACUGUGGAGGACCUGACACUUGGGGACUCGAGCUCUUUUCUCCCUGCCAUUGUUCUCGGAGCAAGGUAGUAGUACUGGCUCAGUCCUUCGGGCUUGACAAUUGAAGGUCCUUUGCAGGCCAUCGUAAAUUUUA